AUGUCGGAAACAUACCUCUUGCAAAUAUGCAUAUCAAUGGCGAUCGUAACAGUUGGAUACGUCUUGACCAAUGUGGCCUACUAUACAGCCAUUACAGCAGAAGAACUCGUCCUCUCCAGUGCAGUUGCAGUGACAUUUGCUGAACGUCUCCUGGGAAACUUCUCCCUGGCUGUUCCCAUUUUUGUUGCAUUGUCUUGCUUUGGCUCAAUGAAUGGUGGAGUUUUUGCUGUUUCAAGAAUGUUCUAUGUAGCCUCUCGAGAAGGUCACCUUCCAGAGAUCCUUUCUAUGAUUCAUGUACACAAGCAUACUCCUCUGCCAGCUGUCAUUGUUUUGUAUCCACUAACAAUGGUGAUGCUGUUCACUGGGGAUAUCUACAGCCUCCUGAAUUUCCUCAGCUUUGCUAGGUGGCUGUUUAUUGGUCUGGUUGUUGUUGGACUCAUUUAUCUACGAUACAAACGACCUGAGAUGCAUCGCCCUUUCAAGGUGCCAAUCUUUAUACCAGCAUUAUUUUCCUUUACCUGUUUGUUUAUGGUCACUUUAUCACUAUACUCAGACCCCAUAAACACAGGUAUCGGUUUUGCCAUUACCUUGACUGGUGUUCCUGCUUACUACCUGUUUGUCAUCUGGGACAAGAAGCCAAGAUGGUUCCAAAAAUUUUCAGGUAAAGUUAAUCAAGUUGUAGCAUGA